GGCUCAUGCGUAGGGCUGCGCUCAACCUUUCGAAGUCGGCUAUCCUGACCUCGCACAUGGCACUGAUCGCUCACAAGAUAUGCAUCGCUAUGCUUUAGCAAAUGAGACGUCGCGUCGCCAACAAACAUGCGAAGGAUCUCGGCUCCAACGACCACAACACUGACGAUCAUGACCCUGGCACCGUUGCUUCCUGCCCAUCUCGCACGCCUCACAUCGCCAGCAUCAACCCUUCGAACCAACACAUCACCCCAACAGGCUUUUCUUCUGACAAUAAUUGUCGGCUAACAAUCUUCCAAUGUCAACAUUGCACAUCAUGUUGACAAACAAGUAAGCCCUUGCGCCCGCGUCCACCUUUCAACAACCGCCUUGGCGAUGCUGCAUGCCCACCGUUGAAAGGCACAUGGCACAUGCAUGGGAGAUCCCAUCGUGCGCAGGGGCCGCUCACAUGCACACCCAUUACCCUUGCCUCACUGGUACGAAGCGAUCACGCCGCAGGCUCGCAUGCGAUCGCCUUCUUCUUUCGUCUCCCCUCCACUCUCGCGGAAGCUUGCCGCGCGUCUGUUGCAGUUUCUUAUCGAUUGUGAGAGAUCAUGAUGGCUCGGGCAUCGCUUGGAUAGGUACCGUGCCCGAAAUGGGUGGCGUUGAAGGGAUGGAGACGGCCUGGGGAGGAGCGUGUCAUCUAGGGAGGAGCGUGUCAUCUAGGGAGGAGCGUGUCAUCUCGGAGAAGCAUUGUGCCAUCUCGGUGAAGCAUUGUGCCUCG